CUGCACAUGCGUGGUUUUCUCAAGCAUGCUCAUUAACCAGGAAGGAGGAAAACCUGAUGGGCAGCAAAACCUGCUACUGCUAGAGAGCCAGAUCGACGCUCUCCCGGCUGCGUGAAAGCACCAUGUGGAGGACAGCAGGGUCCCUUCCCCUUGUGUGCUUGUUAUGGCUGCAUCUCCAGGCUGCAGGGUGCUUCUCGGGAGACAAUGACCACUUCUUGGCAAUUCACCAGAGAAAGAGUGGGAGGCCUAUAUUCAUCUACCAUCAUGUGCAAAGUGUUGAGAAAAGUUUGGAUACAAGUGAUCAGAAGGAUUUGGGGCACAAUUCCUACUUGUCUUUCCAUGCAAAAUCAAGCAAGUCGAACUCUGCCGUCAUCAUGAAAUCAACAUUCUCUAGACCUGUAUAUGACCCAUCCCUCAAUCUCUUAGCUGUGACUGAUGAGGACCAGGAAGUGGAAAACCUGCCCAUUCCAGCAGUGAAUGUGAUCACUGUGACUCUGCAAAUGGAUGUAAACAAGCUGAAUAUCACAUUGCUUCGGAUUUUCCGCCAGGGAGUGGCUGCUGCUUUAGGACUGCUGCCGCAGCAAGUGCAUAUCAACAGACUAAUUGGCAAGAAGAACUGUGUCGAGCUCUUUGUAUCUCCAGUAAAUAGGAAAGGGAUUUCUGAUCCACUCCCAUCAGAAGAAGUCAUAAGGUCUCUUAAUAUCAAUGUUCUACAUCAGAGUUUGUCCCAGUUUGGAAUUACAGAAGUUUCCCCAGAGAAAAAUGUUUUGCAAGGCAAGCACGAAUCGGGCAAGCUCUGGAGCAAAGAAGGAUUUUAUGCUGUCAUCAUAUUUCUCAGCAUCUUUGUUAUUAUCGUGACAUGUUUGAUGGUUCUGUACCGACUGAAAGAGAAGAUACAAUUUUCCCUGAGACAAGAAAAGAACAAAAAACAGGAAAUACACCUUUCAUCCAUUCCUCUGCAGAGAGCUCAGACUGAAUAUAAGGCAGCAAACAGAAUGGUCCAACCAGAACAGGCCCCUAAAGUUGUAAAUGUCAUAGUAGACCCUCAAGGACAAGCUGCUCCUGAGAUCAAGCCUCCCCUUUCUGCAAGCCCAUCACCUUUCAAAAUGAAACCAGUGGGGCUUCAAGAAAGGAGAGGAUCUAAUGUCUCCCUCACCUUAGACAUGAGCAGCUUGGGAAGUGUUGAACCUUUCGUAGCUGUGCCUACGCCGAGAGAAAAAGUAGCCAUGGAGUAUCUGCAGUCAGCAAGCCGGGUCUUGACAAAGCAGCAGUUACAAGACACAGUUGCAAGUUCUCAUUUGCUUCAAACAGAAUUCAUGGAAAUUCCCAUGAAUUUUGUGGAUCCUAAAGAAAUUAACAUCCCCAGCCAUGGAACUAAAAAUCGUUAUAAGACCAUUCUGCCAAAUCCUGUAAGCAGGGUGUGCUUAAAACCAAAGAAUGCAGGGGAUGUUUUGAGCACCUACAUAAAUGCUAACUACAUUAGGGGUUAUGGUGGCCAGGAGAAGGCUUUUAUUGCAACCCAGGGCCCUAUGAUUAACACAGUGAAUGAUUUCUGGCUGAUGGUGUGGCAAGAAGACAGUCCUGUCAUUGUUAUGAUCACAAAGCUCAAGGAGAAAAAUGAGAAAUGUGUGCUCUAUUGGCCAGAAAAGAGAGGGAUCUAUGGAAAAGUGGAAGUCCUUGUUAACAGUGUGCAAGAAUAUGAGAAUUAUACUGUCCGCAACCUUACAUUAAAGCAAGGAAGCCAGUCAAGAAAUGUCAAACAUUAUUGGUACACAUCCUGGCCUGACCACAAAACUCCAGACAGUGCUCAGCCUCUUCUACAACUCAUGCUGGACGUUGAAGAGAACAGGAUGGCAUCCACUGGUAGAGGGCCUGUAAUUGUGCAUUGCAGUGCUGGAAUAGGAAGAACUGGAUGUUUUAUUGCCACUGCCAUUGGGUGUCGUCAUCUGAAGGAAGAAGGAGUUGUUGACGCAUUAAGCAUUGUCUGCCAACUACGUUUGGACAGAGGUGGAAUGGUCCAGACAAGUGAACAGUAUGAAUUUGUGCACCAUGCAUUGAACCUGUAUGAAAGUAGGCUCUCUGCCGAAGCCAUUCAGUGAAACAAGAAGGAAGGAAGAACCAAGUGUGUCAAUCUCUUGAGGUAAUUUAUUUCAUUACCUACCAGCAACUUCUUCAAGGAGUUCACAGCAGUGGAAGAAGACGCUUUGCAGCCAACUUGUAAAAGGAAUGUUGAUGGUUUAAAAAAGAAAAAAAAAGCAUACCAGAUUGAUGGACCUUUGUCUUGAAUGUAUUGUGAGUUCCCUGAAACAGUUUUAAUGGAAGUUAAUGUACUGAUGUUACAUUUGGAUUUCAUAUAUAAUAUCUUAUGGGGGAUUUCUUUCUGUAUUAAUGGAAUCUGCCACACAGAAUGUAUGUCUGUAUGUUCUCCAGCAGCUGGACAUGGGAAAUUCUACUGAAGAAAUGUGUAUAAAUGCUUUAAUGUUGCAAAGUCUGUCUCGUAAAUAGGCUGUCAGGUGUUCAACUGUACCUGUUAAGUGCUAUUACCUAUUAUGUGGUAAACUUAAUUCAGAACCACUUAUGAUUCUUGCUGCUAAAAGCUGCAAGUGAUCGAGUAUGGGUUCUAAUGAAAACAAAAAAACACACACAUGGAAAAAUAAAAAUCCAUUGUUUUUGAAACUACUCUGGCUCCGUUAGUAUUUUAUAUGACAACUCUAGAAACUACUAUUAGAUAUUUAAUAUGUAUAGUAAAUUCUGUUUUUAAAAAAUGCAGAACACAAUGGCUGAAAUACAAAGGGAACAUCUCCUGCAUAUGUCCCACUGAAACGAAUGAAAGUUAUCAAAGAAAUAUGUAUUUUAUUGGAACUUGUAAUUUUGUGCAUUUUCUGUUAAUUUUAAUGGGGCUUACACAGGAGAAAUUCCCCAUGGAUUUAACCCAGUGUCUGUUUUAAGAUGUUUAUGUAUUUAUUCAAUACUGUUAAUUGUUUUAGAAGCUGCUUUUUGCUCCAGGACAGAAUCCUGUGUAUUUGUGAAUCCUGUGAUUCAUCUUACUUUUAAAAAGAAACUUUGUAAUAUAUAUUAAAUGGUAUGAAUUUUAACUAUUUGCCUGUCUUUUGCUAAAAGGGUUCUUCUUUUUUCUUUUUCUUUUUUAAUAAGUUGUCAACCUUCCAUGCUUUGCAGUGAGGAGAUAGAUGUAUUUGGAAACAUAAGUUAGAAAGCUAUAUGAAAUAUGAGGGUGCUCUUCUUUCUAAUUUUUAUCUUGGUAAUGAUAAUGUUAUGAAACAGGUACAGCUGGCACAUCUCCUUUGGGCAAAAAUUAGGGGCAUGUGAACACAGAAUCUUAUAAUCAGUUUCUAAAGCAGUGAUGUUACCUUUGCUUCAUACAGCCAAUAAACUUGAUACAAAAUAUGUGAA